ACUUCUUCAAGAUGCUGGUGGUCCUGCUCACUGCGGCCUUGCUGGCCCUGAGCUCUGCUCAGAGCGCAAAUGAAGAGCCCCAGGACCAAAGCCUGAGCCCUGAUGCCCAGCAGCCUCAGGAAGUCCCUGCCCCACCACCCGCUGAUGAUGCCCCACAGGCCCCUCCACAGGAAGAAGAGGAGCUUCCUCCUGUACCCCCUCCUGAGGACAACCCAGAAAUGUCCCCCAAAGAAGGCCAGCCCCAGGAACACACUCAGUAUCUUCCUGGAAAUGAGCAUGCUCCACCCCUAGUUGGAGGAUUUCUCAGGAUACCUCAUUUUUGGCGGGGGCCAGCAAAAAGAUGGCACCGGUGGUUUCAAGAUCAACCAUGGCAACCUAGAGCUCUUGGACUCAGAUUGGGGAACCCAUGA